UCUGCCAGCGCUACGCGGUCAAAAGGAUUAAUUCUCAACACCUCAAACUGCCUGGAAGCUCCCAUCCUCUCUCAAAUCCACUCCCUAUUCCCCAUCACCUACGCUGUCGGUCCCCUCCACACCCUCGUCGAAUCCAUUACCUCAUCUUCUGUCUCUGCCAGUCUCUUGGCCGAGGAUCGAUCUGUUCUCAUUUGGUUGGAUGCGCAACCCGACCGAUCGGUCGUCUAUGUCAGCUUCGGCAGCCUCGCGCAGCUGACGCGAGAAGAGUUUCUGGAGUUCAGGCAUGGGUUCGUCAACAGCGGCCACCGCUUCUUGUGGGUGGUGAGGCCUGACUUGGUAGCUGGUGGUACGUUGGCGGUCGAAAUGGUGGAAUCGGAGGAGAGAGUGAGAUUGGUGGCGUGGGCGCCACAGGAGGAAGUGCUGCGGCACCGUGCCGUGGGGUGUUUCAUUACGCACAGCGGGUGGAAUUCGACGGUGGAGAGUGCGGCCGCAGGGGUGCCGAUGGUGUGUUGGCCGCGGGCGUGGGAUCAGUUG